CUUUUGAGUGGAGUUGCCAUGGUGCCGGUGAAAUUUCGAACUGCGUGCGAAAAAGUGGCGAAAAAUUAAUCCAAUUGUUUUCUUGUGUAUUUAAAAAUUUUUAAUGUUUUGAAAGAUGAUAGCGGAUACUUCCACUAAAGUACAAGAUUUCAGGGAUGUCACCCGAAUCGAAAGGAUUGGAGCGCAUUCACAUAUCCGUGGUUUGGGUCUUGAGGAUACAUUAGACCCUCGUGCGGUGUCCCAAGGUAUGGUGGGUCAGUUGCCUGCUAGGAAAGCUGCAGGCUUGUUACUUGAAAUGAUAAAAGAAGCAAAAAUUGCCGGGAGAGCUGUCUUAAUUGCUGGACAGCCUGGAACUGGAAAAACAGCAAUUGCUAUGGGAAUGGCACAAGCACUAGGUACUGAUACGCCUUUUACUGUGAUAUCCGGAAGUGAAAUAUUUUCUUUAGAAAUGUCCAAAACGGAAGCUCUAACACAAGCUUUCAGAAAAUCAAUUGGAGUUAGAAUUCAGGAAGAAACAGAAAUCAUUGAAGGAGAGGUAGUAGAAAUACAGAUUGAUCGACCAGUUUCUGGAACAGGCUCUAAAGUUGGUAAACUAACUUUAAAAAGUACAGAUAUGGAAACAACAUAUGACUUGGGACAGAAAAUGAUUGAAAGCUUGACGAAGGAGAAAGUUCAAGCUGGAGACAUAAUUUGUAUUGAUAAAGCUACAGGAAAAAUCACUAAACUUGGGCGAUCAUUUACAAGAGCCCGGGACUAUGAUGCAACUGGUCCUCAAACUAAAUUUGUGCAAUGUCCUGAAGGAGAACUUCAGAAAAGAAAAGAAGUUACACAUACGGUGACUCUACAUGAAAUUGAUGUUAUGAACAGCCGGACUCAAGGGUUUUUAGCUUUGUUUUCAGGUGAUACUGGAGAAAUAAAAGUUGAAGUCAGAGAGCAAAUUAAUUCUAAAGUAGCAGAGUGGAGAGAAGAAGGAAAAGCCCAGAUCAUACCAGGUGUUUUAUUCAUAGAUGAAGUUCAUAUGUUAGAUGUCGAAUGUUUUUCCUUCCUAAACAGAGCACUUGAAACUGAACUCGCUCCAGUCCUCAUCAUGGCUUCCAAUAGAGGCAUUACUAAAAUAAGAGGAACUCGAUACCCUAGUCCGCACGGUGUGCCUCUCGAUUUGCUGGAUCGUUGUGUCAUAAUCUCAACUACACCCUACAAGGAUGAUGAAAUAAUGAAAAUUUUAAAAAUUAGAUGUGAAGAAGAAGAUGUCAUGAUGAGCAAUGAUGCGCUAAUUGUGUUGACGAAAAUAGGAACUGAAUCGUCUCUUCGCUAUGCCAUUCAGCUUAUCACAGCUGCAAACCUUGUUGCUCUGAAGCGUAAGGCAACUGAAGUAAGCAUUGAGGAUGUGAGAAGGGUGUAUUCUCUAUUUUUUGAUGAAAUUCGGUCAAGCCGAUAUUUAAUGGAGUCUGAAGAUGAAUACAUGUUCAAUGAAGGUAAAGAAAAGGCGACGAUGGAUACGUCUUAAAUGUUAUUGUUCCUGUAAAUGUAAUUUCAAAUAGAUUUUAAAUAAACAAUUUCAAAACAG